AGACUAAGAUCAUUGUACUACAAUAAGUCGAAAUCUGAAAAGUCUAAUGUUCACAUUUAAUUUAUUGUUGAUUUUAAAUAAUCCUACUCCCAGUUUUUGGUGUACCGCUACUGACCGUACUGUACUGUAGAGUAAGCAAUCAAUAUCAAAGGGAAGAAACUCCACAAUAUUGAUAAAAUCCAAGAUGGCGGAAAAUAACCAGGAAGCACCAAAAAAUCCGAACAAUUCGGGGACAGAGGUUCAUUUGAACGAUGACAAACAUCCAAGAGAGGAUAGCUUUCAAGGAGCGACAUUGGAGAUAUCAGGGGAUGGCGUUCCGAGGGACCCUGAAGUUGAUUUCGCCGGUCCUGGCCUGAACAGGAAUCGACCUGGUUCCACAAUUGGUCGUCAGUCUGUGAGGAGCACUACAAGUCAAACGAGCAUGAAACCCGGCGGCUUUCAGAGUGAAAAGCAGACAGAGACAUUUUUCUCCUAUAAGGAGGACAAUCUGAAGAAGGCCUUCACGCAGUGUGAGUCUGAAUUCUACAAGAAAGAACUGGAUGGCAAGGUGCUCGGUAACUGGCUGCUCGCAGAGAUCGAUCACUGGGACAAUGAGCGUGAAAAGCUGCUUUUACUGACUGAGAACUCUCUGCUUGUCUUCCGCUACAACUUCAUCAACAGCACAAUCCAGGAAAAACGCAGGAUCAUGUUACACAUCAUAGACACCAUCCAUGUUGGGGACUUCACAUACCCAGAGUGGUCUAUCAUGCCUGUGGUGUCUGCUGACCAUUCACACGGUGGCAUACAGAUCAAAUGGAAUCGCGGGGAGCUUCCAUCGUUCGGGCAACGCUGGAACCCAUGGUGCUCAACCAUCCCUUGGGUAUCCCUCGCACAUCAUCCAAUCCUCUACAACCCGAAGGAAACGGAGACGAUUACAUACAAUGUGGACGAGUUCUACGAGGCCCUAAUCGAUGCGAUAAGUAAGGCGUACAGUCGUAAGAGGCCAGGGGAGAAGGUCACUGUCGCCGAGGGACCGAUCUUGAUCGAGAGUUACGCCAGUCUCACUUCAAUGGUGUUCAACCAAUCAAGCGUUGGUUACUGUAAAGACAGGAACGGACUGUGCUUUUAAUCUUGUUUUUGGCAAGGUUUUUGAUGGGAUUUUCAACAUGAGAAGAAACCAUUUUCAAAGAAAAUUACUUUAUCGAGUUCUUUCUUGUUAGAUUUGGCUUCAAGUAAUUAUAAACAAAGUACACUUUUAUGUGCUAAUGAAUUUGCUUAUAAAUGUUCAAGAUUAAUUUUUAAUACAAUUAUGACCUCUUUCUGGUGAACAAUAACUAUUAUUGUAUGCUUAGAGACCCCAUUACUUUGGUGUCAUUUGAAAAAAAAAAAUUGGGCCCUCGAACAUACCUGUAGGUCAUUUUAAAAAUGAUUUCAGUGAAAAUAAAAUUCAAACUGCAAUAUUUUUUAUCUAUAAUGUGAAUUUUGGUCCCUUUUGUAACAUAUUUCCUAUCAGUAAGCUAUUAAGUUUUAAAUGUAAUCAAAUUAUUUGGGGGUCAUAGGCAUCAACAUUUUACAUAAUUUCCAAAGGUUUAAUAAAAUGCCGAACAAAUUUGUACAUGUGAUGAGCCUUAAGAACGAAAAGGGGCCAUGUUAUUGAUGCACAGGUCGUAUGAUUGGUUUUUCAAAUGAAUAUAAUAAUCUGAGUAGCUUCUAUCUUUUUCGAAAAAAUAAACUCUUUAAUGGUCAGCUUAGGGAAAGUGUACUAUAUGUUUUUGCAAGUGAAAUUUUCAUUUUAAAUUAUGACGGCACUAAACUGAAAUCCUUGAUCCUGCAACAUUUUAGUUUGAUCGUUGAAAAGAUGAAACAGAUGAAACCAUUAAUGUUUAAUAUUGAGAAAUAUUUUGUGGCCAUUUAUGCAAUGUUGUGAUUUGCAUUUAUGUAAUACUGUAAAUUCAAAAUUACACUGCUUAUAAAAGGUUAAACCUGCCUUGUUUAAUGAAAAAAAGGGACGAUAAUUGAUUUUAUACAAUGUGCUAUUAAAAUGUGUAGAUUUUAAAGCUGCACUCUCACAGAUUAAAUGUUUUGACAACUGUUUUACUUUUUGUCUUCAAACUAGCCAAUUUAUGCGAAAUUGCAAGAAGACCAGUCAUAAAAAACUGCUGACAAAACAUCGCAGAUUUUCAUAUUCAAGUUAAAAAAUGUUUCUGUAAGUAACGCUUUUAGCCAAAUAUUUCGUGUUUUGAGCACUGUAUAUCUUCUUUAGUAUACAGUAUGUGAAGUUGUUAUAAACAAUACAUCAUGACUAACUGAAUGACCCAAUUUAUGUCUUUGAUUUGUGAGAAAAUAAAGAUAUUUGUUGCAUAAUUGUCCACCAUGUAUAAUACAUGUAUAUUUGUUUUUGUAUGCAGAAAUAGUUUUCUUACAUUUUUGCCGUUUUCUUUAUUGAAAGUUAUUUGUUAAUUGUUGGAAAUUAAUUGUUCUUUUUGGGACUGGUCUGUUAAAAAUAAUAUGUUUAUGUUUCCUUGUUGCUCAAUUUAUAUUUAAAUUUCACAGCAUAUUUAAUUCCAGGGCUUCAAUUUCUCGAAACUUCUUAAAAAUAACGGGCUUCAGUAGCUUAUUUCAAUAAGCUAACAUACAUACUUGAAUUUGAUUUUGAUAAAAGUUAAUUAGUUAAUUGUAAUUAUCAUAAAGAUAAUUCCUAUAUAAAGUCUAAAAAAUAUAACAGAAGUAAACAUAACACAAAUUAUAGAAAAACAAGAAAAGUGAGCUUAGUUAAAACAUUUUAUAAGAGACUAAGAAGUUUCGAGAAAUUGGGGCCUAAUUAAUUUCAAACUACUAUCAGUAGGUUUUUGUACCAAUAUGUUUUUUUCUUAAAUGAAUGAUUUUGUGACAAGUUUGUUAUUAACUGUUUAUGUUAAAUGUAUGUGUUUAAACUUACUUGAGCACAAAGUGCUCAGCUUUUUUGUGCUCAGCAAGAGCUAUUGUGAUAGGUUGAUUGUCAGUCGUACGCCAUCAACAUUUUCUUUCAAACAACUUCUCCUCCUAAACCACUGGGACAAUUUCAAUCAAACUUCACAGGAAUGUUCCUAGGGUAGUCCUCUUCCAGAUUCCUUCAAUUCAAGUUGUUCCAUGAAGAACUCUGGUUGCCAUGGCAACCCAAUGAAAACAUCUCAGAAAUCCUGGCCUGAUUUAAAUUUCACAGAAAUGCUCCUUAGGUGACCCUUUAUCAAAUUUCUUUACCACGUGUUGAAUCAUUAAAAAAAUGGCCGCCAGGGGGCGGGUCUACUUUUCACUAUAUAUCUAUAUAGAAAACCAUUUCCUCAUAAUUCUGUGCCCUGAUUUUAAAAUAAUCUCACAGAAAUGUUUGUUAGGUGACCAUAUAUCAAAUUCCUUCACCCCAUUGUUAUUCAUUUAAAACAUGGCCGUCAGGGGCAGGACUAGUUUUCGCUAUAUUUAUCUGGAAAACUUUGAAAACCUUUUUUUUUAAAAACCAUUUGCCCGAUUUAAAAAUAAUAUCACAGUGAUGUUCCUUAGGUGACCAUGUUAUCAAUGAAAUAUGUUUUAAUUCUUCUUCUUAUUUUUUUAUAGUUUUACAAUCUUUGAUGAUAUCACCUUCAUAUUUCAUGAACGUCUUCACAGUAACAAUAUACUCUUUAGGGACAAGGUAUAUUAAUCCAACUUCAAUAUUGUAUAUUGUCGGAUCAAUAUUUUUAGAAAUGUUUGUCCAAUCAGGUGAGCGAUAUAGGGCCACCUUGGCCCUCUUGUUUAUUCUUUUUAUAUGGCUAUCUAAUUUCAUUUCCACAUCUGAUAACGAUUUUUUUUUAAUACAGCACAACAUAUUGAAAUUCAUGUUGCGCUUUUGUUGUUUUCCCUUUCCGUAUCGGCAUAGUAGUUUGUGGUGAGUGCCGCCAUGUAUUCGGUGAUUUUUAUUUAUAUUUUCUUAUGAAGAACUCUGUUUCUUAAAAAAACAUUCCUAAAGAAUUCAACUGCUGAUUGUGUUUAUAUAUACAAGAAAGUGCACUAUUUCUUCAUUAAUGUUAUUAAUUUAUGACAUAAUUUCCUGAAAUAUCAUUCUAGGAAAUGUUGUGUAUAAGCAUAGUGCAUUUUUGUUGGUUAAAACUAUUAACAGUUCACAAUUAAAUGGUUAAAACUAUUAACAGUUCACAAUUAAAUGGUUAAAACUAUGAACAGUUCACAAUUAAAUGGUUAAAACUAUUAACAAUUCACAAUUAAAUGGUUAAAACUAUGAACAGUUCAUUUAAACCUGGAACUAAUCGAUGGAGGCAUAUAAUAAAUGGGAAACUUUUCACAAAUCAGAGUCAAUGAGCCUCAUAACAUAUCGUCUUUGGAUAUGCUUUACUACAAGAAGUGAUACAAUACUUCAGAAAUGCUAAUAUAUAAUUCUUUAUGAUAUUUUGUAGUGUUCAGUUCCUGUGUGAUAACUGAGAUUUUGAUCAUUUGUUAAGGGAUAUUGAUAAUAGAUAUAAAUGUUGUAUGAUUUAAAUUAUAGAGCCAAGUUUACCUAGUUCAGAAAACUAAAUUUCAUUUGAACGAUCAUAGAAAUUGAUAGAAAUGGCUUAGCUAAGACUUUUCUGCUCUCUUUUUUGACCAGAAUUCGACAUGCAGCAAAACUAUUAGAAGGAAUGAUUUGUUGGAAAAAAACACACCAUAGAGCUGGUACUGCUGAAUUCAAAUGAUUACUGUUUUUAAGAGACUAUAUGGUAUAUGUUUCUUUUUUUUGAUUUUGAAUUAACCAUAGAUACACAUAUGAAGUAAAAAAAACAUAUAUGUUUGUUCACAACCCUAUCUUAUGUCACUAACCAGUGGUCUUAAAAUUGCAAUGAUAGAUUUAGUUAAUUAUGUUUUUAGUCAUAUUGUAGUGCCAUAUUGAAAACAAACCAAAAAAUCACCAUAUGGUGAUUGUAUCCAAAAACAAAAGGCACUGAUUUAGUUUAAGGCAAGUUCCUGUGUAGCGUUGUAAAUUGAAGGAUUUAAGACUCACGGAUAAGCUGUAUUUUACCCAUCAUUGAGAAGGCCCCUAUAUCACAAAAUACUUAAGUCAAAUUUCAAUCUCAAUCUUAACUCAUUUGCCACAUAAAAGCAUUGCAUAAUUCAAAAUCUUGCAUGUUUCUUAUUCUUUUUGAAAAAAUAUUUUCUUGUAGAAAGGCUUGUAAAAGGUUUUUGUCAAUAUUAAAAAUAUAAAAACUCUUGAGAAAAAAAUAUACUGGAGUUACUGUUUGAAAACAAUGAAUUAUACUCAAAAACGUUUUUGGCUGUAAAAUAUUCAUCCAUUAGAUUCUUGACCAAUGGCUUUUAAUUUAAACCAACAAAUUCUAUGAUAGAAUGCUCUUUAACAAGGCUAAAAGAUACAUGAUUUGAUAACUGACGAUUUGACGCUGAGUGGUAAAAUGAGUUGAGACUGAGAUUGUAAGAAAGUAUUCAUAGAUUUUUCAGAAAUCCAUGUUUUUUGUUUGUUGUUUUAAAAUAGUCAGUGCAUUUCUAUAUAUGUGAUAUUUUCUGUAUGUUUUGUGAUUUUGAUCGACAAAUUUAUAUUCUUAUUUUUUCCAACUUAGUAUCUUGUGUAUUUACUUCCUGGUGUGUUAUAUCUAUUUAAGUUUAUAUUGUUUUGUAUAUAUAUAAAUAUAUAUAUAUAUAUAAAU